AUGGUGACGGGAGAUGACCAGAAGGUCAGACUGGCGACUCAUAUGCUUGCUGAGGAAGCAGAGCACUUGUGGACUAAUGCCAAAGGAAGACUUGAGUUGGGAGGUGAUGUUGUGACCUGGGCGAAGUUCAAAGUUGAAUUCUUGAGGAAGUGUUUCCCUGAAGACUUGAGGACCAAGAAGGAGGUUGAGUUUCUGAAUUUAAAACAAGGAAGCAUGUCUGUAGCCGAGUAUGCGGCGAAGUUUGAGGAGCUUUCGAGGUUUUGUCCCUACAUCAAUGUUGAAGAUGCUAUGGUUUCGAAGUGUGUGAAGUUUGAGAGUGGGCUUAGGCCGGAUAUCUAUCAGUAUAUGUUUGUCCAGGAGAUCCGAGACUUUGAUACUUUGGUGCAUAAGUGUCGUAUGUUUAAUGAUGCUGGGAGAGCUAAGACUAAUUACUAUAAGGCUCAGAAUGAGAAAAGAGGAAGAGGUCAUGGAGUUGGGAAACCUUACAACAAAGACAAAGGAAAGAAGAGGGAAGCUGGUGGGGGCUCUAAGCCGAAUUUUGCGGAUGUCAAGUGUUACAAGUGUGGAACCAUGGGUCAUUAUGCCAAUGAUUGUAAGAAGGAUAUCAGUUGUCACAAGUGUGGGAAAGCGGGUCACAAGGAUUUUGAAUGCAAGGGUGAUGCAAAAGAGAUUACUUGCUACAAUUGUGGGGAGAAGGGUCAUAUUAGUACUAAGUGUACCAGGCCGAAGAAGGCGGCGGGAAAGGAGAGUAGUGAGAAGGGAGUUGGUGAUUUGCCGGUAGUGGAAGAGUUUUCGGAGGUUUUCCCAGAUGAUAUUACCGAGUUAUUAUCGGAGGUUCAUUGA